AUGCCUUCCUUUAAAACCUUCGCCGACUUCCAGAAGAAGGCACAAGAAGCUCAAGCAUCUAAAUUGGAUGGCGAGGUACCCCAGCAGCCGCAGGAGGAGCUGCGCAUUGGACUCCCAGUGCGCGUCAAGGGGCUCCAAGCACGGCCGGAGCUCAACGGGCUGGAAGGCGUGCUGACAUUCUUCGAUGAUCAGAAGUCACGUUGGCAGGUAGAGCUCAAGAACGGAGGGGGCGCAAAGCUCUUCAAAGCAGCGAAUCUGGAGCACUACAUCUCUGACAAGGAUGCCUUGGAGAUCUUGAAGAGCGUGCCAAGCAAGGAGCCAGUCCGUCCACCGGUGACACCUGCAGCCCCCGCGAAGGCGAUGCCAAGCGAAACAGUGCCGGAGCCUGCGGCAGCGCAGCCCGACGCUCCGAAAUCCUUCUUGGAGCGCUCUCGCUAUGGGAAGGCCGAAGGGCCUUCAGCCGCAGCCGUCGCCGCGGCCACGGCGGUGGCCAAAGGCGGCAAGGCCCCAGGCGCACCGCUGGCCAACGAUGACCAAAGUGACACGACACUCCCAGACGAGGACGACGAGGCCUUCGUAAGGUCCAUUGAGCAAUGCCUGAAAGAGUGCGAUGUCAUGUGGGAUGACUACUGA